ACUCAGUAAAAUCUUUGAAAUUGUUGCGUUUAUAUUUUUGUUCAGUAUAGCAUCUAGCGGCUACUAUGCCUUGCAGGAAGUAGACUGGUUGCCAGGCAAGUUCUACUCGCAAAGGCAAACUAGCUUUAGGUAGUGUAUGAUCUGCUGUAGAGUACUGAAAUCCACUCCAUGGUGAAGGAAGUUUAGUCCGCUGCAGAGAAAACGACGCAGCAGAGAAACUUCAGAGAGCUAUUCCUAUAAUCAAAGUUUCAGCAAUUAUUUAAAAGCAACUUGCACGUAAAGAAAGAAGCUUAUAUCCUGCUUGAAAAAAUGUCAGUCGCAGGCUUCAAGAAACAAUUUUACAAAGCAAGCCAGAUGGUCAGUGAGAAGGUGGGAGGUGCAGAAGGAACCAAGCUGGAUGAAGACUUCAAAGAUCUGGAGAAGAGGGCAGAUGUGACCAGUAAAGCGGUUGUGGAUGUCAUCUCUAAAACGUCUGAGUACCUGCAGCCCAACCCAGCUUCCAGAGCCAAGCUGACCAUGCUGAACACGGUGUCUAAGAUGCGGGGCCAGGUGAAGAGCCCUGGCUAUCCCCAGGCUGAGGGGCUGCUGGGAGAGAGCAUGGCCAAGUUCGGACGAGAGAUGGGAGAGGACACCAACUUUGGUGGCGCCCUGGUGGACGUGGGCGAGUCCAUGAAGAGGCUGGCUGAGGUCAAAGACUCCCUGGACAUCGAUGUCAAACAGAACUUUAUCGAUCCAUUGCAGGCCGUCGUCGACAAGGACAUCAAAGACAUCCAGCACCAUCUGAAGAAGCUGGAGGGCAGGCGUCUGGACUACGACUAUAAGAAGAAACGCCAGGGGAGGAUCCCAGACGAGGAGCUGAGGUCAGCCCUGGAGAAGUUCCACGAGUCCAAAGAGAUGGCCGAGAGCUCCAUGCACAACCUGCUGGAAACUGACGUAGAGCAGGUGAGUCAGAUGGCUUCUCUGGUAGAUUCCCAACUGCAGUAUCACAAACAGGCUGUGCAGAUUCUGGAGGAGCUGACUGACAAACUCAGAGACAGGGUGAACGAGGCCCAGUCUCGCCCCAGGCGUGAGUACACUCCUAAACCCAAAGCCUCCUUUGAUUACGAAGAGCAGGAGCACUCAAAUGGAGAAUACUUCCCCCCUUCAUACUCCUCAGAUGUCUCGUCCUUCCACAGAACACCGUCCAUGAAGAACAGUCGACACUCCUCUGAGCCGUGCGCUAAGGCCCUGUAUGACUUUGAGCCGGAGAACGAGGGCGAGCUGGGCUUCUGCGAAGGCGACGUCAUCAUGCUGACCAACCGCAUCGACGAGAACUGGUUGGAGGGCACGAUCCGCGGCCAAUCAGGAUUCUUCCCCAACAACUAUGUGGAAGUGGUGGUGCCCCUGUAACACUGAGAGAAAGAGAGGAAGGGAGGGAUGAGGAGGGAAGGAGGAAGAAGGGAGGAGAGCGGUAGAUGAGAGGGGCAUCUCAAUAGUCUAAAGUGGCCUCCUCCUCCUGUUCAAAAAUGCAGGACGGAAGAAAGCAGUUCCUACAAGGAAAUAUCAGUACGAAAAAACGAGGCGAGAGGAGGUCACUUUAGAUUAUUGAGAUUCACCUAAAGAUGGAUGGUAGAAAAAGUGGGAGGAAGAGGAAGAUGUUGAUGGAGAGAAAGGUUAGCACAAGGAAGGUGUAUCUUCGUUUUAAUUCUCUGUGCACUUUCUACACUACACCUCCCUUAACGGGACAUAUGGAGACGGGGUUACUAGAGGAGAUGUUUGUGUCAUUAUGUGUGACCUGUACCCAUGAACACUACCAGAGGUGUGCUGUGAGCAGACCUAGAAAAAAACCUGCAACAAAAUUGCCUUGAAAUUGUUGCCUUUAAUCACCAAUUUACUUUAUUGCCCUUAAUUCUAGGCUAAAUGGUUAAAUAUGUUUUGUUCUUCCACAAUUGGGAAUCAUUGCACCAAAAUCGGGUUAAUUUUAAUGCACACUUUUUCUUAUAUAAAAAAAAAUCCACACACCAAUUAUUUUCCUCCCUGACUUGGAGAGUUAGAUGGAUCUUGGCUUAAGCUGUCCAAUGCUGCCCUCUGGUGGUCUAAGCCUGUUAUACCUUCAGGAGUAGGACGAAGUUGCCCAAAGAGACUGAUCUAAGAUCAGUUUAGUAGGUUUCCCCCUAAAGGUUAAGGUUAGAAUGUGGGAAUGGUAAGCUGAACCUAGAACUGUGCCUACGGGCUAGUCCUACCUGGAGCAGAUCUACUCCUUUACAUCAGUGCAGAUUUGAAUGGUUAUUUUUCUAAUCCAUCCCAUACCUGUUAAAUGUGAUUGUUCAGCUUUUCUCUGGGUCUAAACUUACGUGAAUAGCUUGCCUGUUUGUACUUAAGCCAAAGUGACCAUUUCCUUGGCAAGGCAAAGAUAUGGUGUUGUUGGAAACAGUUGGGCACCUAGGCUAGUGAAUAACUGUAAGGAAUGGUCAUUGUCUGUUGGCAUACACAGCUCUGCAGGUCAGUUAUACUAUGGCUCUAAACACUAUCUCCGUUUAGUACUGUUACAGCUGCUAGGCUGCCUUUCAUAGACUCUGAAAAUCUAAAUUGCUUUCUCCUCGUCUCCUUCUCAAACCCAUUGGAUGAGAACGCCAGCGGUCUGUCCCCUCUGACCUUCUCAUCCAAUGGGUUUUGAGAAGGAGAAGAGGGUGCGAGGAGUAUGCAAUUGAGAUCUUCCUUUUGUCUGCUAUACCCCUUUGCCUUCCUCCCCCUCUGUCUGUGUCUUAUUUAUGCUAACUCUUAUAUGGUCAGAUGAUCAAAAAUUGGGAACUUUCCAUUACCUAGUGCUUUGUUCUGAUUGUGUUGUGUUCUAACUCUGAUUUGGAGCAAUCUGCUCCUUCUGAUGUAACCCUGUGUGCCUGAGGGCUGAAACCAGAGUAACAGUGUAGAGUGACCUAUGAUUAACUUGCUACAGUCGGUCUGCAUACUGUGCGUGUGUUAGUGGUGCGUGGGUCUGCUGUUUGUUCACCUGCACCCACCCGAAAUUGCUAAUAACCCAUCUGCAACCGCUUGACUAUAUGUGAUCAAUUGAAAGUCUGAGGCCCGCCCCGACCCUAACCCGCAAAUAUAGGAAAUGUGCUAUAGGCUACAGUCAAAGACGGCAGAAUUGUUUUGCCUUAUUUAGAUAUGUUUCUGCUUAUAAUUCCUGACAUUUUGGUAGGCUAUUUGUUAGUCGACUUGUCAAUAAUUGGAUACAUACAGCUUCUCUUCUGUCAUUAUAUGUUGCCAUAGAAGACUAAAUAAACCCUUGCUCACUAGAAUGUCAUAAAUUGAUAGAACGAAUGCUUCAAUCUAGUUAACAUCGGUAAAGUUUUCUGUCAUCUUCUUUCACAGAGCAAAGACACAUUUUGGGGGGAAAGAUUUUCUGUGCAAGAUUUCCAAAUGACAUCAAUUUGACUGUUUGCAAGGAAAUAGAAAGCUGUGAAAACGACCCAACAUGUUUCUGACAAGAUUUCAGUUCGGCUUGGAUGAGUAUUUUAUGUGGUUUGAAAUACAAGCAUUCGCAUUCUCUCAAGAUGCUGAAAAAAAGAAAUCAUAUUUCUCCACUCCUGUUCCCAAGUCCAAAUUGUUCCUACAUUUACUGUAUCGUUUUAUUGCAGGAAAUGCUUCAUUCGGCAGGAGUUAAUAUUAUGUAUUUGUGAGAGGUUAUAGACCUACAUACAGUCAGUGUCCAGAUUUCAGUUUCCAUUUAACCCAUCUAAACAGUAGGCAACAGUUCCCUUCACAUGCCAUAGGCCUAUUUGAAGUUCCCGUCUUGUGACUGUCGAAUUUGUUUAGUGCCUCACAAUCAUCACACAUAACAUAGCCGGCACUGCUAUCAUCCUCGUUUACCACUUCACCAAAUCUGUCCCAAACAUUUAUUUUCUGGCCCUCCUUUCGCAGCGUUUCCCUUAUUGAAACUCCGACAUUGUUAUUUUUGCCUCCAUGGAUUGCCGUUGUUAUGCCUGUUCCUAAAAGUGAUUGGUGUGUAGGCUAUUUGGCGCGUACAGUUAGGCCCUAAAGUUUAGGUUUUUGCACUAAUGCCAGAUAGCCUAAAAUAAUGAAAGAAAAACUUCAAUGUAGCCUAAAGAUAUAAAUUAAACAAGAAUUAUACAUUUAUGGAUUUUUUAAAGGUAUUAUUUUGUCUUUAUUCAACCUGCCCGCCACCCACCUGCCCUUCAUCCACACAAUAUUUAAUGACCCUAAACCCGUCCGCCUGGAUGAUAUAACCGCGGGGGCUGCGUGUAAUGAGUCAACCUGCGCAUAACCAGAGUGUGUGUGUCAGAAUGGUCUGUCUGUCUCUCUGUGCUUUUUGACACUGCUGGCCAUGUCUUGGAGAAUGUAUUCAGGUUUUCUAGAGCUUCCUUUAGAAGUGCAUGCAUUUACACAUGCUGCCAAAAGGAGAUUUGAAAGAAGGGUCGUUUUGUAUUUACACGUGUCACCCCCAUGGUGGUAGGUAGAAAUAGGCACAGGACAGCUUAACCCCUCUCUCCACUCCUACCCUUCACUCCUUCCCUAGAACAUGCAGCUUGCUACCAAAAACCCCUCAUAUCCUAUGUGCAUUAACUAAGCAUGUUCCUCCUAACUUAAUGUUUACAUGUCUCUUGUCUAUUGGGCUAUAUUUGUUGAGUUAACAUGGUUUGGGUUUUAGUGCCUCUGUCAGUGUUUAGGUUCAGGUGUGGGUUAUCACGGCCCAUUAGCCUAAAUAAAAGGAACUAGGCAGGCAGGGGGGAAAGGGGCUCAGGUUGUGCUAAGUACCUUGUUUACCGGUGUCUGAGUAAUAUAACAAAGGGCUCAGAUCAAGUAUGUCCGUUUUUUGCGGACGUGUGUGUCGUGGUCUCCAACUAUUCUAAUGCCGUUGGUGACAUUCUAUUUAUGUUUUUCACUCUACAUUCGAAGAUGAGUAUUUCUACCAAAUCCCACAGGAGUACCAUGUUAUUUUGAUAUUACGAAAAUAAGUAUUAUUUUACUUAAUAAUAAUAGCUUGAUUUUAAUAUACAGAAUCAUAUUGUAAAGUGCCCAUUGUAAUUUGCUCGUUGCCUGCAUGUGGCUAUAGGUUAUGCGUCUUGCUUCAGCGAUGAUGCCUCAUUUUGAGGUUCCGUUUUUUUGGUAACUGUGACGCUCUCCGCGGAUCAAGGUUUGAACCAAGGCAGAGUUAAAUUCUGGAUUAGCUUUAUGUGGAUUAUCUUUAUAUUAUCUUUGUAUUGUCAUGUAUAAUCUCCUGUGUAUUGUAUAUUUUUGCCACGAUGUAAAUGGGGAAUGCUGUGCCUCUUAAAUAAAUAUGAAGGAAAGUGAA